AAUAUCUCGUAUCAUGUCCUAAGUUGGCUUAUUCAUCUUCCAAAAUUUCAGACAGCCAACGACCCAUCAGACAGGAGCACCAAAAAAGAAAAAAAUUUCAAAGUCCCUCCGGAAAAAAUGGACGACAUCAUAAAUUUAAUUCUUCGAGGCUGCAGGUUGGCCAGAGAGCUUGAGCUCAACAUGCCCAACAUGGCCAACCAACCAAACCAUCUCGCCAACUCCUGCGAAGAGAUCAUCCAGGCCUUCAGCGCCAUUCGAGAACAGCUCGUGCACAAUCCUCUAGAUGCUGGCUCAGGCGGGUACCGUGAGAUGCAAGAGCCGCACCGGUCGGAGGUUCAAGCCGGUAGUGGUAGUAGUAAUUUUGAGGGCUUGCUGGGGUCGUCAGGCUAUGGGCCGGCAGCGAGCAUUCUCCAGCAAACGCAGUAUUGGUCUGGGAUGAGGGGAGCGAGAAUGGGCGACAUAGAGCGGCGAGAGGUGACACCGGAAGCCGCGGGUGCGGCCGCGACGGGGGAGGGUCUUUUUCUGAGAACUGGUGGCGGAGGGGAAGAGAUGCAGGCAAUGGAUGUGUCAUCAGAUCGUCGAAGAUCUGCUUCCUCCUCAGAAAGAACAAGAAGAAGGAAUAGUGACGCCGAGAAAAGGACGAUUAGGGUUCCAGCGCCAAGAAUGGGCAAUACAGAGAUUCCGCCAGAGGAUGGUUAUACUUGGAGAAAGUAUGGUCAAAAGGAGAUUCUUGGGUCAAAGUUCCCGAGGGGCUACUAUAGGUGUACCCAUCAAAAGUUGUACCAUUGCCCCGCCAAGAAGCAAGUGCAGAGGCUCGACAACGACCCGUUCAUGUUCGAGGUCACGUACCGCGGCGACCACACGUGCCACCUGUCCUCGACCGCGCCAUCGAUCCCGCUCCCGCCGCCAGCUUCGCUAGAGAUGGCUCACAUCGCGACCACACAGCCGAUUUUGGCAUCUGCGCCGGUCCCGCUAACCAGAUGGCUGCCGGUGGACUUCAGCAUGGGCGGUGCUAGCGGGAGCAGAAACAUGGCGGUCAGAGGCGGCGGUAGCGGCAGCGGCAGCGGAAGCGAGGCGGGCCCGUCCACCAGUGGAACUAGACGUGGUAAAGAGGUUGAGUAUCCACUAGUGGCAGAUUUGGCUGAUGCAAUGUUUAAUUCUGGUAGCAGCAGUACCAAUAGCAUGGACUUUAUCUUCCCAGCUUCCAUGGAAGAUAAAAGGGAUGAAGAGGAUAAGAAAGAUUGAUGAGCACCGGGAAGACAAGAGAAGGAGCCGGUCGGAUGAUAAUUUUUCUGAGGGAAAAUUUUGAAUAAUUGCUUUUCAUUGAUGAAUUGUGAAAUAAAUUAGCACUUUCCUUGAUAUUAUCAUAUUGUAAUUUUUUUUCCAGGUCCAUUCUUUAGAACCCAAUGUAACAAAACAUAGGUGGAUCGACUGUACCCAAAGUUGAUCACAUCAUGCAUUUUGAUUUGUUGCCCAUUUACUAGUUUGAUUGUGAGAGGUACAA